AUGCCGAGGCUGAAGGAAUCGCGCUCCCACGAGUCUUUGCUUAGUCCCAGCAGUGCGGUUGAAGCUCUUGAUCUCAGCAUGGAGGAAGAAGUGGUGAUCAAACCUGUCCACAGCAGCAUCCUGGGCCAGGACUACUGCUUCGAGGUCACAGCGUCGUCUGGCAGUAAAUGCUUCUCGUGCCGCUCAUCAGCUGAGCGGGAUAAAUGGAUGGAGAACCUGCGUCGUGCCGUACACCCAAAUAAGGAUAACAGUCGUCGGACGGAGAACAUGCUGAAGCUGUGGAUUGUUGAGGCCAAGGACCUGCCGGCCAAGAAGAAGUACCUGUGCGAGCUGUUCCUGGACGAUGUGCUCUACGCACGGACCACCUGCAAACUGAAGACGGACAACGUCUUCUGGGGCGAGCACUUUGAGUUCAACAACCUGCCGCCCCUGAGGAGCAUCAUGGUGCACUUAUACAAGGAGACGGACAAGAAGAAGAAGAAGGACAAGAACAACUACGUGGGCCUGGUCAGCAUCCCCGUAACCGCGGUGACAGGGCGGCAGUUUGUGGAAAAGUGGUAUCCGGUGGUGUCCACAAACACCAGCAAAGGGAAGUCCGCCGGCCCCAUGAUUCGCAUGAAGAGCCGCUACCAGAGCAUCAGCAUCCUGCCCAUGGAGCUGUACAAGGAGUUCGCCGAGUACAUCACCAACAACUACAUGGUGCUGUGCUCCAGCCUGGAGGCCGUCCUCAGCGUCAAGAACAAGGAGGAGAUGGCGUCCGCGCUGGUCCAUAUCCUGCAGAGCACCGGAAAGGCCAAGGAUUUCCUCACGGAUCUGAUGAUGUCAGAGGUGGAUCGCUGUGGAGACAAUGAACAUCUGAUAUUUCGGGAGAACACUUUGGCCACCAAGGCGAUUGAGGAAUACCUGAAGCUGGUGGGACAGAAGUAUCUGCAGGAUGCGCUGGGAGAGUUCAUCAAGGCCCUAUACGAGUCAGACGAGAACUGUGAGGUCGACCCCAACAAGUGUUCAGCCUCCGACCUCCCCGAGCACCAGGGGAACCUCAAAAUGUGCUGCGAGCUGGCCUUCUGCAAGAUCAUCAACUCCUACUGCGUUUUCCCCCGAGAGCUGAAGGAGGUGUUUGCGUCCUGGAGGCAGGAGUGUAACAACCGGGGGCGGCCGGACAUCAGCGAGCGGCUCAUUAGUGCGUCUCUCUUCCUGCGCUUCCUCUGUCCCGCCAUCAUGUCUCCCUCCUUAUUCAACCUUCUCCAGGAAUAUCCUGAUGACCGCACAGCUCGCACUUUAACCCUGAUUGCCAAAGUCACGCAGAACCUCGCCAACUUUGCAAAGUUCGGCAGUAAGGAGGAGUACAUGUCCUUCAUGAAUCAGUUCUUGGAGCACGAAUGGACCAACAUGCAGCGUUUCCUCCUGGAGAUCUCGAAUCCAGAAACCAUCUCCAACACGGCAGGAUUUGAGGGCUACAUCGACCUGGGUCGGGAGUUGUCCAUGCUGCAUUCCCUGUUGUGGGAGGUGAUCUCCAUGGAUCAGGCCACAGUCGCUAAGCUGGGACCCCUGCCUCGUAUUCUGCGGGAUGUGAACGCCGCACUCAACAAUCCGUCCAACGCACAGGGAUCUGUCACCAGCGAUCACUCCGCCACCUCGCCGAACACAAGCAACAACGUCUCCAUCGGCCUCCAAAAGAUGGUAAUCGACAAUGACUUAUCUGGUCUGAUAGAUUUCACCAGGUUACCAUCUCCAACUCCUGAAAACAAGGACUUAUUUUUUGUCACAAGGUCUGCUGGGGUUCAGCCUUCGCCGGCACGAAGCUCCAGUUACUCGGAGGCCAACGAGCCGGACAUGCAGAUAACUAAUGGCAGCAAGAGCUUGUCCAUGGUUGACCUGCAGGACAAUCGGGUUUUGGAUAUUGGCACCAGUCCCCCCACCAUUGGGGACUCUUUAAAUGACAGCCAGACAUCGUUCAGCCAGCUCCAGGCAAUAUGGACAGCCCGGACGCCGCAGGGUAACAUGAUGACCAUGACCACGGCCAGGAGAACGGGGCAGACGCCGACCACUCCCAAUGCAGACGCCACAUUGGGGAGACCCCAGCUCCUGGCGCCUUUGUCAUUCCAGAACCCCGUGUACCAGAUGGCAGCAGGUUUGCCGGUGUCACCGAGGGGGUUGGCAGACUCUGGGUCAGAAUGUCACAGCUCGCUGAGCUCUCACAGUAACAGCGAGGACUUAGCCGCCACCAAACACGGCUUCAUGAACAUGGGCGCCAGCGAGGACUUUAGCCGGCGCUCAGGGGACGGCUCCAGGCGGCAGCUCUCCAUGACAGAAAAGACUGGCCAGCCUACCAUGCCGCGGCAAAACAGCUCGGGUCCCCAGAGGAGGAUAGACCAACCCCCACCUCCUCCCCCACCACCAAUGAUGAGGGGCAGGACACCCCCAACGUUACUCAACACAGCACCCUACCCCAGACCGUCCAGCGGCAGCAUGAUGUCCUCCUCCCCAGACUGGCCCGGCAGUGGAGCCCGCAUGAGGCAGCAGUCAUCGUCCUCCAAAGGAGACAGCCCCGAGAUGAAGCACAGGACGGUACACAAACAGGCCCCCUCGCCCGUGAACCCCAAUGCCCUGGACCGCACAGCUGCUUGGCUGCUGACUAUGAAUCUGCAGCUUUUAGAAGAUGAAGGCCCCGAGCUCAGGGAUAGGAGCAGGAGUAAGGAAGACAUGAGCCAAGCAGAAAAGUAUCAGCAGGAGAUCCUGGUGCUGCAGGACAAGCUGCGACUCUCCAACAAGAAGCUGGAGGAGUACGAGAGCCGCUGCAAGAGCCAGGACGAGCAGACGCAGAAGAUCCUGCUGGAGUACCAGGCGCGGCUGGAGGAGAGCGAGGAGCGGCUGCGCAGGCAGCAGGAGGACAAGGAGAUGCAGAUGAAGGGCAUCAUAAGCAGGCUGAUGUCCGUGGAGGAGGAGCUGAAGAAGGAUCACGCCGAGAUGCAGGCGGCGGUCGACUCCAAGCAGAAGAUCAUCGACGCCCAGGAGAAGCGCAUCGCCUCGCUGGACGCGGCCAACGCCCGGCUCAUGAGCGCCUUAACCCAGCUGAAAGAGAGUCUGCCUUAGAUUACUUUGUAAUUGGGAAAACAUGAAGAAUGUAAACCGGUGGAAAAAUCCAGCCCAGGAAGCAAUCACUGCGGACUCUGCCAGGGCACGGUCUACUAUAUACUGCAUUUGUGACGGAGCCCACCGAACAUAAUCACUGGUAUAACAUAUAGUAACUUGAAAUGCUCCAUGUUGUCGCAUAUACUUGGGGGUCAGACCAUGGUCCCCGAUACUACUGAACCAAUUCCUGGCAGCUGACGGCAAAGGAGACAAAUCAAGGAGAAAAUAGAAACUGUACAAACUUUGCUGUUUUCAGGGGGGAAACUCCAGACGACGGACGCCCCAGGGGAAUGUACAUCAUUGUAGCUUUAAAUCUGCGGGAUCUACUGUAUGAGGAUUUAUAAUGUCUAUUGUGUUUAUGCUGCGUGACUGAGGCGUUGUGUGGCCCCUGCCUCAAAAGCACCUCCACCAACUAGCCGUGUACAGAUACCCAAGAAGAGUCACCGAUUUCUACACCUUUUUUUUUUUUUUUAAUAGUAAAAUGAAUGUUCUGUCGUCCCUUCCUUGAACUUGUCGGGGGAACCGCUGUCAAUUACACAGGUUAUUGGUCGUAGGAUCUGGCAGCACAGAAAUAAUUCUCAGGUUCCUGACCUGCAGUCAGAAUAUCAUUCCACUCGCAUCAAGCAUGUGAGACACCUAGCGCUGCUCCACCUGCCAAACCUGGAGCCAGAUGCUGGUUCACCACUUACAUGAAAGUCUGGCAAGGAGCAGUCACUGCAUUGCUGAGCAGGAAGCUGCAGUACCAUGUCAUUUGUAAUCUACUCAUGGGUCAUAUAUCCUGCUGUGUAUAUUACAUGUAUGCUAUGCAUAUAGAACUAUUGUGAUGCAGAAGUUGUUCAGAGCCCUGGAAGAGGCUUCUCUGACAA